AUGGUAGAUUUCAAAGGUCUUUAUUCCUUACCCCCAAAGGUGAUUGCAGGGAUGAAGGAAAAUCUCAUUUCUUCCAUCGUCCCAGCGGAAACUUCUGUAAGACCGGCACCUGUUAAACGCGAAAGAGGCGAUAAAUUGUAUUUCGUUAUCUUCACAACUAUCGCCGAGACAAAAGCCAUGAAAGAGGGAAAAGUGUGCAUCCCCCAAGUGGCCCUGAAUUUUCCAAAUUUCUUAGAUGACAGAUAUGCAGCACCGUGUCCGUUCAAGGCUGAAAGUAAACCUGGGGCCCCUGAAACGAAUCCAAUGUCACGUCUUGAGCCAUUUGUCAAGGAAGAAGCUGAUGGUAGAUUCAUUUCCGAAUGUUUCUCCUCUUGGAUCCUUCAUCAUCAGCUAAACUUAAGAAUGCCGGUGUCUGCCCUGGAGACUCUUUUGGCUGGAACAUUCUUUCUGGGACACGAUGCGUCAUCUUUUGAUUUAUCAGCUCUAGAUUUGAUAGUCCGUGGUAUGGACAUUCGAGACUGCGAUUUUCGCAUGCAAGCUAACGGUAGAGCAGGUCAUACACUUCACUUUUUCGUCGUGCAAAUGACCCAGAAUUCGAUGGAGAAGAAGAUAUUCCUCUCAAUCUCGGUGGCUGCGUUCCGCGUUGUAUCAACGCUGGGGAAGAACGUGACACUGGAGGUGCCAGGACCAAAAGAUCAACAAUCCCAUUUGGCAAUCCUUAUACGCGACAACUCUUCCGAUUUUUCGAAUCCUUUCGAAAGGCGGGCUCAGCCACUUCCUCCUUUCGAUGGCCCUAAUGAUCUCCGCCGCAUGACUACAGCCCAGUUGGGUCAGUGGAUGAUGAACAGAAUGCCAGACCCUAGGCAGGCGGGGACUGAUGUUGAAAUGCUCUGGGACUCACGCGAUCAAGGACAGAUGAUUGACUUGAGGCCUUAUAGGUCUAGAAAUCGUGCAAAACCAUAUGGGAUACCUACUUCAUUCUUUUCACAACCAGGCAACACUGCAUUUGCACACCCACGCCUCAAGAUCAAAGAGCUGGCGUCUACAUGGCGCAUAUUUGGGAGUAAAAGCGGCAAAAUUUUGAGUUUAGCACAGCCCAAUAGCUGGAUACGGGAUUUUAUUCGUGAGGGAUUCCCUCCACCAAACGCACCCUUCCCGAGAAGAAUUCCACCAAACGAGCGCUUAUGGGAAACUACGUUCCAAGAAGGCUUAAACAAUCAUGGUGCACACCUUGGAAACGGAGAAGCAAUCGCGAUGCACCCGCAGACUUAUAACCGUGUGGAUGUUGGCAACCCGCCAGUGGAGCGGUAUGUUGUGGGUCAAGGCCCUCAGCACCCAGACGGCUUGAAUUUGAUGAAAAAUACCAUUGAUGGAGUAAUGCAAAAUAGUCAUCAGAGUACUGUCGAUUGGUACCCGGAUUAUCUUUAUAUUCCAGCAAGAGAGGACGAAAACGCCAUACGGGCCCUUCAAACUCCGAGUGGGCGUACUCUCUUCGAGUACGAUCCAAAUUUUCCAAUAGGAAACGGUGAAACCACAAGAAUGGGAAUGCUUCUACUCGAGGAUGGAGGGCCACGGGGUCCUCAGAAAACAGAUGGCACGUAUCAGCCCGGUCCCGGCGGACCGUUUUUCUUCGAUUUUAAAAUUUGUACUGCAAUCAUUCCCAUGUCUUUAGCACUUCGGAAUUGCAACUCUUUUAAGAUAAUAGUAGUCACUAGCAUUAAAUACUUCGCCUCAAACUUUCUCUUCUCAUAUUCCUCUCCCCGACACUUGCUCAAAUUGUCCCUCCGACUCCGUUUCUCACGGCAAAUACGUUCAGUACGGCGCAAGCCGAGGGAAACUAACCGCAAUGCUUGGAAGAGACUAAGCUCUCAUGUGAUAGCUACUACCCCAGUCUUCUAUUUGGAUCGUAUGCUAGCUGGAGUGGCUGAUGUCAGCCUCAGAAGUGAUAAGCAAACCCUAGCUCAUAUGUUCAGAGAGAGUAUCGAUCUAGAUUUUGAAGAUGCACCAUUUAGUGAGGGUAAAUGCGAAGCUUUUGGGAGCACCAAGGCUAUGGGUAACUGA